AUGCCUGAAGCAUCUUCCCAGCCUACUUCUGCUGCUGCCACCGCCGCUCCCGCGGCUGGCGUUCCCGUCAACCACUUUGGCGAGAACCGCGGCAUCAAGUUCCAUAUCAAGACUGGCACCAAGACUUGGGCUUGCACUCUCCAGGACCGCACUCACUAUGAGCGCACCAAGACGACCCGCGCCGGCUCUACCGACUCGGUCACCUCUUCCGCCUCCUCCGUCUCUGAUACCAGCUCCCACUAA